AUGUCUUUCCUGGGACGCUUCCUGCAGCCCGGCUUCAGAACCACAACUGGAGCCUUCGCAACCCAACGAGCACCUUUCGUGCUACGAAAACACGCCUUCUUCAGUUCCUCAUCGAGACCAUCCAUAAGACUAAAAGCGUCACGACCACGCUACUACCACACCUCCCAGCCCCAACAAGCCUACCGCCGUCAAGCCUUCAACUACCAGACCUUCCAAGGCGCCCAAUACCUCUUUUCCCGCUGGGCUGCCCGACCAACCUUCUACCGCGAAGUCGGCCUCCUCGCCGGCGGGACAGCAACCCUCUACGUUGCGAACCUGGAAAAAGUGCCCGUCUCGGACCGCUACAGAUUCAGGAUCAUCCCAUACAGCUGGGAAGCAUGGCAAGGACAGCAAAUGUAUCAGCAGACCAUGCAGGAGUUUGGGAGGAAGCUCAUGCCGCCUACGAGUAGAGAGCAUAGAAUGGUGCAGGCCGUGAUGGAGAGAUUGAUACCACAUAGUGGGUUGGAAGCGGAAGAGUGGGAAGUCCAUGUGAUUGAUGAUCCGAUGAAGAAUGCUUUCGUGAUACCGGGUGGGAAGGUGUUCGUCUUCCGUGGCAUCCUAGACGUUGCGCAGGGAGAGGAUGGUCUGGCGGCGGUGCUGGGACACGAGAUAGCACACAACGUCGCCCACCACGCCGCCGAACGCAUGAGUCAAAGCGUGCCCGUGCUCUUCCUCCUCGCCGUCCUCUCGCUCGUAGGCCUCGACCCAGGAAUCGGCAACACAGCUCUCAAUCUUGCCUUCACGCUCCCCGGCUCACGCAAACAAGAGGAAGAGGCGGAUUACAUCGGUCUCAUGAUGAUGAGCGAGAGCUGUUUCGAUCCCAAAGCCGCCAUGGGACUUUGGGGAAGGAUGGAGGAGGAGGAGAAAGGAGCUUCGGGGCCACAAUUUCUAAGCACGCAUCCGAGCAACCAUAAUAGACUGGAGAAGAUCAGAGGAUGGCUGCCUAAGGCUGAAGAGAAGGUGGAGGGGAGUGGGUGUGGGAUGCUGAGGGGCUAUGCCAAUGAGUUCCGGCAGCAGACUGGUUUGGUUCGGUGGUGA